GGACUAGUAGCAGCGAUGCCACCGGCCUGAGCUGCUGGCCGGCCAUUUGAGCUGUGGAGGGCUGGUUUUGGAGGGCUUGAGGAUCCUAAAGUGACUAAGGAAUGGAAGGUUUGGUGCAGAUUCAUGUGUUUUGUGCAGGACCCAGUUCAUUUUCUUUAAGUUCGGCGCUCUCUGAUCACCUGAAGAAACGAGAGCUUGAUGAAGCUCGUGCUAUCUUUGAUCAAAUCUCAUCGCCUACUGUUCAUUUGUGCACUAAGAUGAUCGCGGGCUACACGGAAAGCUAUAGACUGGGUGACGCCUUGAAGCUGUUCGAGGGAAUGCCGCUUAGGGAUACGGUUUGUUGGAACUCUAUGAUGAAAGGCUGUUUGGAUUGCGGGGAUGUCGGUGUGGCCAGGACACUGUUUGAUGAAAUGCCCCAAAGAAAUGUGGUUUCUUGGACAACGAUGAUAAAUGGGUACCUGCAGUUUGGGAGAAUUGAAGUGGCUGAGUGCUUGUUUCGCGAGAUGCCCACAAAGGAUAUAGCUGCGUGGAAUUCGAUGAUCCAUGGGUAUAUCUGUAAUGGCAGAGUUGAGGAUGCUGUAAAGGUGUUUGAGGUGAUGCCUCGUCGAAAUGUGAUUUCAUGGACUUCAAUGAUUAGUGGGCUUGAUAGGUAUGGAAGGAGUGACGAGGCUUUGUUUCUUUUCCGGUCUAUGGUGGGUUCUGGUGUUCAACCCACUGCAAAUACAUUUUCGUCUAUAAUAACAGCUUGUGCCAAUGUUGGGGCUUUGCAGCUAGGAUGUCAAGUUCAUGCUUCUGUUGUCAAGUUAAGUUACUCCUUUGAUGCAUUUGUCACUGCUUCUCUAGUUACAUUUUACGCCAACUGCAAGCAAAUUGAUUAUUGUUGCAAGGUAUUUAAUGAAAACACCUGCAAGAAUGUUGUCGUUUGGACGGCCCUCUUGACUGGCUAUGGCUCGAAUCAUAGGCAUGAAGAUGCCUUGAAGGUUUUCAGUGACAUGAUAAAAAAUGGUUUCAUUCCCAAUCAGUCUUCCUUCACCAGUGCCUUGAAUUCAUGCUGUGAACUGGAGGAUGUUGAGAGAGGUAAAGUGAUUCAUGCUGCAGCUAUCACCCAGGGUUUGGAAACUGACACCUUUGUGGCUAAUUCUCUUAUUGUGCUAUAUUCUAGUUGUGGAAAUCUAAAACAUGGAAUAGAAAUAUUCAAGAAAAUUGGUGAAAAGAAUAUUGUUUCAUGGAACUCAAUGAUUGUUGGAUGUGCACAACAUGGGGCAGGCGUGGGGGCAUUGACAUUCUUCACCCAGAUGAUACGUGCCUGGAUGGAUCCAGAUGCAAUCACAUUCAAUGGGUUGCUUUCUGCUUGUAGACAUUCAGGAAUGCUAGAAAAGGGAAGACGCUUUUUCAAAUAUUUAAGUAGGUGUAAACCCAUGGAGCUCAAGCUCGAGCAUUAUGCCUGUAUGGUGGAUAUCUUGGGCCGAAGUGGAAAGUUGGAGGAAGCUGAGGAUUUAAUUGGAAACAUGCCCAUGAAAGCAAAUACGAAGGUUUGGCUUGCUUUGCUUAGUGCUUGCAGGAUGCAUAAUAAUUUCGAGUUGGCUGAAAAGGCUGCAAAGUGCACUUUUAAUCUGGACCCAUAUUGCAGUGCUGCUUACGUGUUGUUGUCCAAUUUAUAUGCUUCUGCUAGUAGGUGGAGUGAUGUUGCUAGAAUUCGAGGGAAGAUGAAACGGAGAGGAAUCACAAAACAACCGGGACGCAGUUGGCUUACUUUGAAGGGACUGAGGCAUGUAUUUCUUUCAGGAGAUAUGUCCCAUGCUUCAACUGACAAAAUAUAUCAGAAGCUGGACUGGUUGGGGGAAAAGUUGAAGGAAGUUGGUUAUGUCCCUGAUCUGAGAUUUGCUCUGCACGAUGUUGAGGAUGAGCAGAAAGAUGCCAUGUUGUCUUAUCAUAGUGAGAGGCUUGCUAUUGGAUUUGGUCUGAUUAGCACUGUGGAGGGAAGUACCAUUACAGUAAUGAAGAACCUUCGUGUAUGUGGGAAUUGCCAUUCGGCUAUAAAGCUUAUAGCAAAGAUUGUUGACCGUGAAAUUGUUGUGAGAGAUUCUAGCCGCUUUCAUCAUUUCAGGGACGGCUUUUGUUCUUGUGGGGACUACUGGUAGCACCCUUUUGGGCUUGUGUUCUGUAUCAUGAUCCUCCCUAAACACUUCGAGUGGUACUAUUGCAUUCGGUGGCUGCUAGUAAAGCAUAAUGGCCAAAAGCAGGAAUACAGUUAAAAGACGGUUGAGAACUUUAUGUGGCUCACUUGAAUGUCAAUGAUAAUGAGCCAUUCAUGUGAGCUUCAGACUUAUUAGGCUGAAACUGAGACCAGAAACGAGGCCAUGACUACAUGAUUUCGCCAGCAUGGUUCUGAAGUUGGCUGCUUGUGCAGGAUUAUUUGAGGUACAAAUGAUCACUUUGUAUAUGACAGUUGUUAUUGUAACUGGGGCUUCAGCAAAACACCUCAUGAUUGGGAUCUCGACUGCUUGAAGCUACUGUCAGUGUUGGAUAGUGACUAUUUUCCAUCAGCUGGAACAAAACAGGCAAAUUGCUGAAUAAAGAUGGAAGUCAGAAGAAUGAUGCGAGUACAUAUGUUAUGUAGAGAUAUUUUUGAGUUGUCGAAAUUUCAUGUUUUCAUUCCAUUGGCCAUGGCAUCGUUUCCCUCCUCUCUUGGAUCACCUUCAUCUCUCUCUCUCUCUCUUCCCUCCCCACUGUGCUGCUGCUGAGAAAAUGCUUAACACAAUCUGCUUUGUUGUUUCUACAACUGAUCAUUGUAGGCUGAUAACUGAACAGAGCAUCAGAAGACGUUUAAGAGGUUGUGCAUUUCAUGUUUUAAUACUGAACAACUUGAAGAUGAGUUCUUGCCUAAGAUUCUUGAUAAAUCACUAUAGAGGAGAAGCAGCAAAUGAUCUGUU